AUUGCAUGUAGAAUGGUUUAUCGCAUUUACGUUACUUGAAGUGCUUGUAAAUAGUCUUCGCUAAUAGAUUUGCUGUUUUCAAAUAAUUCACUAAAGAAGCUCUAUUUGUUUCAUAGUUCCGACUUCACUUUUACAUCAUAUUCAUUUACUUUCUUAAUUUAAUUAAUAUGAAUGAUUUAUUUUUAAGUAAAAUCGUUAAAUGGACAAAAACAACGAAAUAUAAACUAGAUGACGAUUUUCAAUCACUAUUCCGUGUUUUCAAUAUCGCCCAAGCUAUGAAUUUGUGUCCGAAAUUUUUGAUUUACGAUAAAUACAUUACAAAUAACGCGUGGUUCAUUCAUAUUUUGGCUAUAAGCAGUUUCAUUGUGUUAGUAUGUUUGGAUUCAUUCUUCGCGAAUUUCCGUUUAGUAUUAUCAGAAGCGAUGGGACCACCGUUCUAUGGGUUUUCAUUUUAUUUCAUCAGUAUUUUAUAUGAAAAUAUCGGUGUUAUUAUACAGAUAACAAUGAAUGGGUAUUUAACAAAAAAUAAUGUUCUCAUAAUUACGAAACUUCAAGACACUUUCAAAGAUUUUCGGACCACAGAUUACAUUACAAAAUCAAACAGAUGGACGAAUUGGUUCAUAUUUUUUAUUUAUAUGAAUUUCAUUGCAAAUUAUUCUUACUUUAAUUUUUACGUUAAUACUUUUUCUUUUCACAAAUUUUGUUUUGCAUUCAUUAAAAUGUGUUUCGAUUUGAAUAUUGUCUAUACUAUUUUUAUUUUUAAAAUGAUCGGUGACAGCCUGACUAUGUUUAAAGACACAGCCUUCUGUUCAAAAAACAUGAAGCUUUACGAAGUAUCCAAUAGAGUGUACUGGAAUAAAAUGCUAAGAUUAUAUUCGAAUAUUCUGGAUGUUUUCGAAUUGUCCAAGAGGACUCUAAACUUUUUUAUAUUUUAUUUCGUUUCAAAUAUACUUCUUCGUAUCUUAAGCCACGUUCAGUUGGCAAUCUUGAUGAACUCGAUUAACUGGUUACAACACGUUGCGUACUCCAAUAUCGUAAUGGUGCUCCUGACAUUGGCGAAGGAAGGAAUCAUUUUAAUAGUCUUGAUAGCUAAAUGUGAAAAAAUAUAUUGCGUCAUCGGUGACGUACAGACAGCUUGUCAAUUGGCUCUGGGCAAUGCCGCGUGUCCUGAGAAAAGAAGGUUCUGUAAGAAUGUCCGUCGUUCGAGCUCCGCCGCAUUCAGUAAGAUAUACAUAUGUAACAUACUAGCCGUUGACGCGAAACUGGCUGUAUCCCUGAUGUCUGUGACCACUACUUACACAAUAGUGAUGCUACAGGCGAUUCUGAUAAAAUAGGCUAAAACGAGAACUGGUGGUAGGACCUCUUGUGAGUCCGCGCGGGUAGGUACCACCACCCUACCUAUUUCUGCCGGGGAAGCAGUAAUGCGUUUCGGUUUGAAGGGUGGAGCAGCCGUUAUAACUAUACUUGAGACCUUAGAACUUAUAUCUCAAGGUGGGUGGCGCAUUUACGUCGUAGAUGUCUAUGGGCUCCAGUGACCACUUAACACCAGGUGGGCCGUGAGCUCGUCCACCCAUCUAAGCAAUAAAAGCAGGCAAUGCGCAGUAUGAGUACGCAUUUAAAAUAUAGCGGGUAGCCAUCACAGAACACAAGAUAUUUGACAGAUGCCUGAAUGCUCGCCAACGACAUUUUCAAGAUAAGCUUGCAUAUAUGAGUCGUCUAUUAUGAAAGGUGGCAAUCUGUGCAUUUGGACAAAAAAAUGUUAUUGAUAUGUCAAUACAGAUUGAUUUGAAUAUAAUCGUCUCCUUCAAAGAAUACGGUUCAAAACCUGCAUUAAAUAAAGGUUAAUACUUAACCAACCUGUUAUUUAUCUAAGAUGUCGUUCAGAAGAGUUUUGUGACUGCCAAUGGAAUAAUAAAGUCAAUAAUUCGUUUUUCUGAUUUACCAAUAAUUGUCCAAAAGUCACAUUGCCGGCUUUGAUAAUAGUCGACUCGUAUACAAGUAUUCGAAAAGUCGUAAAUACGAAAAUAAUCAGCGCUUGUUCGAACAGCAAAAUCAGUUUCAUUAGCAACUGUCGAAAUUACGACAUAACCAAAAUAUUUCUAUUAGUAUUACUAUUACCUAUAGUAGAAUUAUUUUGUCCGUGCAGUUUGGGUCAUAAAACAUAGCCCAGCUAGGGUGGUGAGCAUGUUGCGUGGGCGUAACGCCAUUAUCGAUAAAUACAAAUAAGUCAUCGAAGGCAGGUACACGGCGGCGGGAUGGUAUACGAAGGGUGGUGAGGCAUUGUUACGAGUCAUUUGUUGUACCUACCUGCAAAUUAUGUACAUACUAGCGACCCGCCCUCGCUUCGCUUCGGAAACAUUAAAACAUACAUGAAACCAAAAAAAUAAAAUAAAAAAAAUAAAAAAAAAGUAGCCUAUGUUCAUCAGGGACAAUGUCGGCUUCUAAUGGAAAAAGAAUUUUUCAAAUCGGUCCAGUAGUUUCGGAGCCUAUUCGAAACAAACAAACAAACAAAUAUUUCCUCUUUAUAAUAUUAGUAUAGAUGUCGAAGAGAAAUGUGAUUUUAUGCAUUCGCUCUCUGAAUUUCUUUAGUGACACAAUGGCUACUUCUUUGUUUUGUACCAAAACGGCAGAAUUUAUCCAAAUAUUUUGCUCGUUGGCAAAAAUAUACCAGCACAAGCACGUGUUAUUGUCAACAAUGUGUUAAAAAUUUUCAAUGAAAUGAGAAUAGAUCCCGGAAAGUUACAAUAUGUUAAUUUCUGCUGUUCUCGUUAACUUGAUGCAGCGAUAUGUGGUGUAAGUGUUCGAUUAGUGAUUUUUUCUUUCAUUUUUAUCACUAACCCACAAAAUGUCAAAACUAAAUACACUAUCGAUAACGCUUAUCGACAACAAUAAUGCGCAUCACUAUGCCCGUCCAUAAGGCUCGUGAGUGGAAGAGAGAGCGAAAUACUCGCUUCACCGCUCCGAUUUUUUAUGAACCAAACUGCACGAACAAAAUAAUUCUACUAUAAAUACAAACAUGAAGGCAUUAAAUAAAGUAAGUAAUUUGUAAUUAAAGUCAUAGUAAAAAAUUCACACGUCUCCCUAGUAAUAGGGAGAUUUUUUUUUAUCUCAUGGAAAGUGUAGGCUAAUUAUGACAAUAAUGUCUGUCAAGUCAUCAAACCUGCUCUUAAAAUAUUUUAAAUAAAACAACAACAAAAAAAUAUAGUUAAUUUAUUUAAGUAGGCGUAUAUACUAUAUACGAUAAUCAUUGCUUACAAUUUACUAUUUAAGUAAUUAUACAAAUGUUUGGAACAUUUCUAGAAAACUACACAUUAAUAGUUACAUAUUAUUUAAAUAUUAAACACAUUGGUUUUGGUAUAAAAAUUCUGGCACAAUUAUACAUUUUUGUAAAUAAAUAAUUAAAUUUUGUCCUUAAUUUUAGGUUUUCUAUAUCAAUAAAUAAAUAUGAACUGCUAAUUUAGAA